ACCCUGAAGGAGCAUCUGGACGAGAGCAGACGCAUCUGAAGGGAUGAGCUCCGGCAUGGCUGGCGCCAACACGGAGCAACCCGCUGGCACAAGGCGGAACAGGACGAGCGAGGCCGGCCCCGCAGCGAGGCGUGCCUCCAGAGCGACAGACACCAACACCGAAGAGCGAGUUGCCGUCUGGGAUGCGGUGGCCGCCUACGUACAGGAGCACCUCCUGGUGCAGAAGGGGGUCUGGAUUCCCACCUUCGGCUCAUUUGACACCAUCUCUAAAGACAUCAGGACUGCGGACGGGACCGUGACUCUGCAGUGGCCCGUGUUUCAGCUGGCCAGGAACCUCAGAGCCAUGCACCACCUCGGGUCCGACAAGGACUCCCUGCCAGCCCAUAGGGAGGUGGAGACCCUGAAAUACAGCGAGGUGGCUGCCGCUGCCUCUGUGACCUGGCAGAGAGGGAAGACCUGCAUCCAAAGCACCGUGUCCCUCCUCUCCAACUGCCUCAAGAAUGGGGAGAACGUUGCCUUUGUCCUGAAAGACAUAGGAGUGCUCCUCUUUGAAGGCAUGAGCUUUGGAAUUAAAUACUAUUACGACUUCCUUGAGAAGCUCUCCGGGAAGGAGAAAUUCAGAAAAGUUGUUUUCAAGGCCCCCUGGCUGCUGGACACGCUGGUGUCCCGGGUGGCACCGGUGGCCUCCCUGACGCACUCUGGCCGCCUCGUCGUCUUCCCCAUGUUUCAGAAGCAGGUUGCACCCAAACCACCGCCCAGGAUAUUCCGCAAGGCCUCCGGAGAUCUCCAUGGUGAGGGGAAGCAAAAGAAAGAAGGGGCUUUGCCACCUCUUGUCCAGGGCAAGAAAGUGAGGUUUGCUGAAGUGCCAACGUACAUCAGACGCUUCAGCGUUGCAAGUACUGCUGGACAAAGCUCAAGAAGCAGAAGAAGCUUACAGCAGGAGAGCUUUUCGUCCAGUCCGCUGCCAGCGAUCCUGAGAACGUCUGAAGCCCGCGAGCAGCCGGUGACCUGGCAGCCGCAGGGCCAGGCAGGAAACGAAGGCCAAGAACACCUGGGCCAAACAACGGGAAAAAAACAUGUCCGGUUCCGCGGAGAUGAACAAGGAGCGGGAGAGGACCGUGAGGCUGGAGCGGCGGCCAUGUGGAAAGCAAAGGCCUCGCACUCUCAGGUUGCCGGGAGGCAGGUGGCAUCUCGCAUCAAAGACAGGAGAUGUUCAUUAAGAGCUGAGUCCAGCCUGUCCAGGGAUACCAAAGGCCACGCAUCCCGGCCGCCGUUACUGCAUCGUGACUCUGUGAAACUACUCAGGCAGAGGCAGAUGGCCAAGAAGGACAGGCCGGCGCAGGCAGAACCUCAGGAGACGGCGGCAUCACCGUCUCACCGUGAGUGCAGCCUGCCUGAGGAGCCCUCCACCUGCAGAUCUGGUUUGCUGCCACCCACACGCAACAGACCAGAGUCUCCCAGGAGUCCGCCUCCAAGGACCACAGCCCCACGCCGCAGGCCGCCAACACCCUACCCGUUUCUGCCACGUGACUCUGUCAAACUACUCAGGCAGAGGCAGAUGGCCACGAAGGACAGGCCGGCACAGGCAGAACCUCAGGAGACGGCGGCAUCACCGUCUCACCGUGAGUGCAGCCUGCCUGAGGAGCCCUCCACCAGCCGAUCUGGUUUGCUGCCACCCAUACGCAACAGACCAGAGUCUCCCAAGACUCCGCCUCCAAAGUCCAAAGCCCCGCGCCGCAGGCCGCCAACACCCUACCCACGCUGAGCAGGGCAUGGGGUGCCCGGGACAGACAGAGCUGCCCCUGAGCCUGCAAAACUCCAUCUGCACCAUUCCUGGGUGCCAGCUCCCUGUAGAAAAGCAGAGGUAGAGGGACAGUGGGGACUGGGCUGGAUUCAAGAAAGAACAUUCACGCUAGAAGCUGCGGAACAAGAUAGAUAAACGGCAUGAGAAAGGAAUGCUGAGA